AUGUCACAAAACCAUCGUAUAGUGACAGUGUCGUCCAUGCGGCAUUUAGCUUCCAUUGACCAAGAUAUUGAACUUAAUAACACUCCUACGAAUAUCGGCGAAACUCAAUGUAUUGACUCGAAUAAAAUUUCCUCACGUGAAAAAUGUAAUUCUGUUACAAAUUGGUACCACAAGACUGCAAAAAUCUUUGCCUGUCUCAAUAUAGAAGAACGUGGUAUUGAACGAGUACCGUCAGAAGAUCGAACUGAUUUGACAAUUAUCAACACAGCAAUGAUAUGGGUCAGUGCAAAUAUAAUUAUACCAUGUUUUGCUGCAGGUACACUCGGUCCAGCAGUAUUCGAGUUAGAUCUAAAUAAUUCUUUUGUAACCAUCAUCAUUUUUAAUCUAUUGGGAACAUUGCCAAUAGCAGGCAUGGCUUGUUUUGGUCCAGCAUCCGGUCUACGUACAAUGGUCUUUUCUCGUUAUAGUUGGGGUUAUUAUGGUGCUUCGAUAAUGUCGAUAGUUAAUGUUAUGUCAGCCAUCGGUUGGGCAGCUGUUAAUAGUAUUACCGGUGCACAAACAUUACGUGUUGUAUUCAAUGAUUCAUUUCCUAUAACUGUUGGAAUAAUUAUAAUUGCUAUUAUAACGAUGAUCAUCUCAUUUAUAGGUUAUAAAUGGAUUCAUAUCUAUGAACGAUAUUCAUGGAUACCAGUAUUUAUAGGAUAUUGUAUAUUAGCAGGAGUUGGUGCCAAAUAUUUUACAAAUAGUGAAAUGGUAUUUCACAAUGCAACAAUAUUCAGCAAUAGUAGUACUUUUCGUCUUGAAUUAUCUUGUGUUCUAACUUUUGGUUCAAUAAUUUUUGGCACUGCAUGUAGUUGGUGUCCAUUUGCAGCUGAUUACAAUACAUAUUUUCCUGAAGAUACAAGUCAAUUAAAAAUUUUUCUUCUCACUUAUAUUAGCAAUUUUGUAUCAAUGGUUGUAAUGCAAUUACUUGGUGCAGCUGCUUAUACUGGGACAUAUACAAAUCAAAAUUGGAAACAAGCAUAUGAAAUAAAUAAUGUGGGUGGAUUAUUGGGUGCCAUUCUAUCACCUCUUCGUGGUUUUGGGAAAUUUAUACUUAUUCUAUUUUCAUUGUCAAUUGUUGCAUGCAAUAUACCGAAUCUUUAUUCAUUAUCAUUAUCUACACAAGUUAUUGCACCAAUAUUUAGUCGUAUACCACGUUUUCUUUAUACAAUUAUUGGUACUGCAGCCUAUGUUCUAUUAGCUAUUGUAGCUGCAAGUAAAUUUAAUGAUGCAUUAACAUCAGUUAUGGGUAUAUCUUCAUAUUGGUCUGCAAUAUUUAUGGUUAUUGUAUUUGAAGAUCAUAUAUUAUUUCGACGUUGUUCAUUUCGAAAUUACAAUUUUAGUAUAUGGAAUUCUUCUAAACUAUUACCAAUUAGUUUAGCUGCUAUUCUAUCGGCAUUAGUUGGUGUAGCUGGUAUUAUACUUGGAAUGUCACAAAUUUGGUUCAGUGGACCAAUAGCAAAAGCUAUUGCAGGAGAUACGAAUAUCAAAGGUGCAGAUAUUGGUUUUGAAGCUGGAUUCAUAUUUACAGCAGUUGCUUUUCCAUUAUUUAGACUCAUUGAACUGUAUUUUAUUCGGCGAUGA